UCGAAACGAUAAGAAUGCGAUAACUGGCUGUAGUUGCUUUGGGAACGCGCUCAUUCGCUUCUUCACCUCCGUUGUUUCCAUCUCCCGUUUUUUUCCCGUUUCGUGCUCUUCGAAGAGAAUAUAUACCGACAGGAAGCUUCUUCGAAAAAAAAAAGCAAGAAAUCGAUGACGAACGCGUCGCGCGGUUUUCGAAAUGGAGCGGACAAGUGAGAGGACUAGCGAUUAACGCGCUCGGCGUUUCGAUAAAUGGCACCAAGCGUUGAAGUCUCUCCGAGUUGAGGGGAAGAGCUAGGGAGAGAACGUACGGAUGUCUCGCUGUGAGAUAAAAAGGGAAUAAAAGUCAAAUGGCUAUGCUCGAUAUGCAAGAGCAGACAGUUUUAAGCGAGGUAGCAGAAAACGAACAACCGCAUCAGCAGGAGGAGGUUCAGUUAACAGAGCUGCUACCGGUGAAACAGUCGCGAAUCCGUGAGAAUGGAAUUUUUAAAAACGCCGACACGGACACGGACACGGACGCGACCGACGCAUUGAAAAUCCUCCGCAGUUUCACGAACGUCGACGGUUGUUGCAACAACGACGACGAGGAACACGAACUUCCCCCGCGUAACCAUUUGUCAUUCUGCGCUAGGAUAGAGGAGAGCGGCGGCCAGGCCGACGAGGGUAAACAGUGGCGAGGAGAGAGAGUGCGAAAACGAGUGGAGGAACGGUUGGAAAAUGUGGCCAGUGUGCUCGAGAUCGAUGUGGGGAAAGAGAAGAAAAACGGCAAUCGAAGGGUCGUCGAGGGUGGGACGAGGAUGAAGAAAAGGAAGCGAAAACGCAUCGAUAAAAAGUCGUCGAUCGGACGAUCAACUAAAUCGCCGAAAAGGAGAACGAUAUCCGGUGUCACGAUCGGGAAGAGAAGAGCGGAGGAAAACGAGGGAGAGAACGGCGGCGUAGGGUCGAGAGAUCGGCGCCCGAUCGAAGAUGCCAAGGGGAAUUAUUCGUCCGAAUACGACAGACAGAUGGAAGCGGCCACUUAUCUGGACCUUGACAAGAGUAACCAGUUGAACGAUGAGAUUUACGUGUAUCGUCGCGAGCCGAUGGACGAGAGUGAACAGAGGGAAAACGGGAGCUCGGAGAGUUACUCGAGGAUCAGCACCGAUGGCGUGUUUUUCGAUCGGAUGGCGAUCUCUGCCAGCACUGGGAGAAACAUCGCGUUCGACGCGAGGACGGAGAAAUCGAGAUCGUCGUUCGAGAAUUCGACGAAGCAACCAAAGUUAAGCUUCGAAACAACAACGAUCGGGGACUACCUCGACGAGAGUGAGAACAAUAAUCGGUUGAAAGUUCGAGCGGACGUCUCUGGUAACGUGGUGGUUGUCGUCGUUGAAUCCUCCUCUUCCUCCUCCUCCUCCUCCUCCUCCUCGUCCUCGUCCUCUUCGUCGUCGUCGUCGUCGUCAUCGUCGUCCUCCUCUUCUUCGAGAAGGGAGAACGGGGAGGAUGGAAGAGGAGGAGAGGACGGAGGGCGACACGAGAAUCAGGAGAAGAAGUAUUGUUGCGUGGUGUGCGAUGCCCGAUUCAAGGGUAGCGGUGGACUACGCAAUCAUUACAAGAUCGUGCACGGUGCAGGGCCAAUCUUCAAGUGCGACGAGUGCGGCAAAGAGUUCCCUUUAAAGGAGAGACUGAAGCUUCACGUGAGAACGCACACCGGCUUCAAGCCGUACAAGUGUCCGGAGUGCGAGAAGAGUUUCGCGAGAGGAGGGCAGCUGGUGCAGCAUCGACGGACUCACAGCCAAGUAAAACCGUACCGUUGCGGCCUCUGCUCGGGCACGUUCACCUGCGCGGCGAACCUGGCGUUGCACGUGAAACGGCACAACGGCCAGAAGGAUCACAAGUGCGAGAUCUGCGGCCGUGCGUUCGUCCGCCGCGAUGCCCUGAAGAAACACCUCGAAUGCCUCCAUAGAGACGUGAAAUCGUUCCUAUGCGUGAUCUGCAAUAAAACGUUCAAGGGCCAUCUACCUCAGCACAUGAGGACGCACGCGCGCGAUCGACCUCAUGGUUGCGCGACCUGCGGCCAAAGAUUUGCUCAAAAGUCACAGCUGACCGUACACCAGAGGACCCAUUCUGGCCAGAGGCCGUUCAGGUGUCUGGUAUGUUGGCAAGCGUUUGCCCAUUCUACAGCGCUCAAGCUUCACACCAGGAGGCACACCGGCGAAAGACCGUUCAAAUGCGCCGAGUGUAACGCUGGUUUCACUCAGCUACCCCACUGGAAAAAGCACAUGAAGUGCAUCCACGGUAGAAACGAGCCGUACGCCUGCAAAAAGUGCCCCAGCUUCUUCAGGAUCAAAAACGAUCUCGAGUGCCAUGAGAAGACUUGUCAUCCCGAAAUAGGAACUGAACGUGACGCUCGAAUUAUCUCCGACGCUAUAUCCAUGAUCGCGAUACCCUUGACACCGACGCUGAACGCGUUGCAAACCACGACAACCACCACCACUACCACCACCACCACCACCAUCAGCUCGUUCUCCAGCGAGAACGUUAUUAUCGACAAACCCUCGCCUCCACCCUCGAAAUACAGGGUGAUGACCGUGGAGAGGAUGAGAUUAUUGCUCGCCGUACUACUGAAGAGGAUCAGCAAGCAGGAAAGGCUCGACGAGUUAGGGUUUGGUAAACGACUGAUCGACGAGGUUCUCCACGAUUCUCUAAUAUCCGCCGGUAAAGAUCCGGUAGCGAGCCACGGUCUCUCCGAAUUGGAAACUCUUACCAGGAAUCUUGAGAUAUUCCUCAAGUGGACUGUACCUAAGGAACACUGGGAAAACUUUCGUAAAUUAAAUAAGACUCCCGAAGAUAUCUUGGAAACGCUUACCGCUACUUAAACGAAAGAAUUUA